AUGGGCAAUACUUUUGUGCGUCCCACUGCUGCCACAGAGGAGCAAUUUCCAUGGCUUUUCGAACAGCUACGCCUACAAAAUCACGAGACUCAAACGCUAGUCGACGCACUUCGAGAACAAAACCGUGGGCCGAGGCGCCCGGAGCAUCGCGAUAGGCCGCCCUGUAGAUUCUACGCGCAGGGUUUGUGCUUCCGCGGCGCAGCCUGUCGCUUUUCUCACGAAGGACCAGCGACUCAGACCCGACGACCAGAUCGUCGUCAAAGACAACCUUGUCGGUUCUACGCGCAAGGCAUAUGCUCUUACGGCGAAGCCUGUCGCUUUUCUCAUGAAGGACCCCGACCUGUUCAAGAGACAUGUCGCUUCUUUGCCAAAGGAUACUGUAAACGAGGAGCCACCUGCAUAUAUGCUCACGAUGCGCCGUCGGAGGAACCCGAGGGUGACCUCCCAGACCUCCUUACUGAUCAGUGGACUCGCGAGAUCGGAGGUGCUUGGGUAGAUUUCAGAGAUGGAGCGGCUGUCACGAAUGUCACUCUUCUAUCAGACUUUUCCGCUAUCCAAAUGCGCCAUCUGCCCUCGAGGUCGUCAGCACGGUCGGUGCAAGAGCUGCUGGCUGAUGUAGGCAUCAGCGUUUCCCUAAGCGACAUCAAUUUCAUCAAACUCGUCAAGAAUCGGAACGGAACGGCAAUCGUCAAAGUCAAAGACCCAGAAUUUGCCAAGUCUGCCUGCUGGAAAUUACGCACCUGUAUUGAAGCACCUGACUUAGAAGUCACCCAAAUUCCUGUGCCGUUACCAGAAGGAUCAUCAUUUGGCCUUAUCGACAGCAGAAACGUCCGCUGCUCGUGGCAUAGACCGACAAAAAACGCCACUCUUUCGUUCAGGAAUCCAGCAGAAGCAUUUGAUGCGUAUUACAAGUUCAAAAAUCAGCAACUUACCAUCGCUGGCUUGCCAGUCGCAGCCCAUAUACCCGUUGCAGUGCAUGCCACGCAAAAGGAUGGGCCAUGGCAGAUGGAGUUGGAAGGCCUGGUGGCUACCAUGCCUCCAGAGGAUAUCAUGAACGUCUUCCCCGCGUCUGGAAAACCCUAUGAGGUUCGCAUGGGAGAUUCAAGUUACGAUACAGACGUGGAUAUCGACUCGACUAUAAUCAAGUCCUUGCUAUACGAUAUAGGCGCCUUGGAAAAAUGGGAAGUGUUUGGGAGCCCAACAGCAAGGAGAGUCAAGGCACAAGCCCGGUUUAUCGAGGAGUCUGAAGCGCUGGAUGCCGUCGCGCAGUUAAACGAGACGUGGUUGCCAUUUAAUCCAUCAGGAAAGCUCUACCUUCAGCACGUACAUCAAGUUAAGUAUAGGGUUUCGACUCGGGUCUAUGGCGUUGUUGAAGACACCAUCGAAUCGCUGCGAAAAGAUUGGGAUCGACAAUUCGUUUCUUUUUCUUCGGUCCUUGAGCGUGGCUACAGAGUUCUGAAGCUCGAGAGCCAAGAUCGUGAACUUUUUACGCAAGCAAAAGAGGCCCUCGAGCAAAUCAUCAAUGGAACGACUAUGACUCUGAAUGGGAAGAACCUAUGGUCUCCUGAUUUUAAAGCUGAUAGGGGAGCAUAUUGGAUGCUUCAGAAAAUCGAGCGGGACCUUGGUGUUGUUAUCAUCCGCGACAUCAAAUCCUCCAAAUUCCGAGUAUUCGGCCCGGAGGAUAAAUUUGUGCCAGCAUGUGAAGCACUUGACCAGCUUUUGCAAGAACUACAGCCCCGGUCAGCAGGACACAAUAUUGAGCAACCAAACACCGGCCAGGCUGCCGAAGGCGACUGUGCAGUCUGCUUUUGUGAGGCCGACCAAGCACUCGCAACUUCUUGUGGCCAUGUGUACUGCACGAUAUGCUUUGUGAAUAUGUGUCAGGUAGAAGCAUCUACGAUCGGCGAAUUCUCCAUAAAAUGCAUUGGACACCAAGGAAACUGUAAAAAAGCCAUUCCACUACUUGAGAUUCAGAACUUGCUCCUUUCAGAGAUUUUUGAGAGCGUCUUGGAUGCCUCGUUCGCCUCUUAUAUGCGCCGUCAUCAAGACCAGCUGCGCUAUUGUCCGACACCCGAAUGCACUCAAGUCUACCGCAUCGCCCAGCCAGAAACAAGCGUCCCGCCAAUCUUUACCUGCGCUAAAUGCAUGACAGCAACCUGCACGAGCUGCAAUGCCUCGCACCCGAGAAAGACAUGCGCGCAGUACAAGGGUGACGAGUCUGGUGGCAUGGCAGAGCUUCUCAAAGCAAAGGAAGAGCUGGGGUUCAAAGACUGUCCGAAAUGUAACACGCACAUACAGAAGGAUGCAGGCUGCAAUCAUAUAAAUUGCACGGCCUGUGGGACGCAUAUUUGCUGGCUCUGCUUGAAGACCUUUACGGAUGGAGACGACUGUUAUGAGCAUAUGGGGAGGAUACACGGUGGAAUUGGCGAUGAAGAUGAUGAAGACGAAGACGAUGAGUAUUAA